AUGGAUCUUGCAGUGACUCUGGUCAAGUCUGUGAUGCGCGCAUUCUACCAGACGCGCGAGAUCCUGGUCAUCGAUGCCCUGAUACUGCACGAGACCCUCAGAGAUGAUGAUCUGGCAUACCUGAUGGCUAUCAACACCAAGGAUCUACACAAGAUCUGCGGCAAGCUCAGAGAGGACCGCUUCCUCACAGUAACAUGGUACUAUAUCAACUACCGACACACCAUUGAUGCGAUCAAGUGGAGGGUGUAUACUAUAGACAAGGAGGUGCAGGGAACUACCGUGCAGACGGACGAGAAGAAGGAGUACUUCUGCUCUCACUGCGAGGCCGAAUGGACGAUGAUGGAGGUGCUGGAUCACUCCGACGAUGGGGGCUUCAGAUGCCACCGCUGUAACCACCAUCUCACAUUCGAGGCGAACCGGAACCCUACGGGGCACGAGCAGUCCACGCGUCUCAACGACCAGUUCAAGUUUAUCACGGAGCUGUUGCCCAAGAUCGACGCCGUCUUCAUACCCGAAUGCGACUUUGACAAGGCCCUCGCCAAGGCCCGUCCCGUGGUGCGUGAUGCCACACACCAGCGCGCCGCCACGAUUGCUGUCGACCCGAACGCAAACCGCCCCAUGGCAGUCAAGGGUUUGACCAACACAGGACCACAGUCAAUUGCGGUCAAUAUAUCAACAUCAGAGGGGCCAUCCGAGGCGGAGAAGGAGGCAGAGCGUGCUCGCAAAGAACAAAUCGCGAAGCAAAACGCCCUGCCAUCUUGGAUGUCUAACAGCACAGUCACGGGAGAGUCGUUCGCUGGUGCCGCACCAGGCAAGACAGAAGCAGUUUCGACUGUUAAGAAGGAACCCGGUGCCAAAGAGACGUCUCAGCCCAAGACAGCGAACGGUAAUUCGAGCACGCAGAUUGACGAUAUUUUCGAGAAACUCAAGGCCGAGCAAGCCGCCGAGAGAGCCCGUGAAGCAAUGGGCGACGAUUCUGGGUCCGAGGAAGAAGAGGAGGAGGAGGAGGAGGAGGAUGAGUUCGAGGAUGUCCCGGCAACGGGCGGUGGUGGCUCCGGCGCGGGCACGACGGGAACCCCGAGUAUAAAGCGAGAGGCUUCGGGCGACCCAUCGAGGGACGGCGAUAGCUCAGACGACAGGUCAGCCAAGAGGGUCAAGAUUGAAUCCGAGGUGAAGACUGAGCCAGGUGUGAAAGAAGAACCUUCAAAAACUUCUGGCGAUGCCAGCGAGGAGGAUGAAGAUGAUGAAGAACUCGAAUUUGAGGAUGUCUGA